GACGCACUGGUUCGCCUUCCCACCAAUCUCGACCCUCGACGCGUUCCGUUCGUGCGUGCAGCAAUCCGGACCCGAGGAGAGGCAGCGCGGUGGGCAGGGGCUGCGGCACGCCGAGUAGUGGGCCAGCGACGGCGUGGAUGGCGGACUCGCAGCUGUUCUGCGUGGCCGAGGAGCGCAGCGGCCACUGCGCGGUGGUGGACGGAAACUUCCUCUACGUGUGGGGGGGCUACGUGUCAAUUGAAGACAAUGAAGUAUAUUUGCCUAAUGAUGAAAUUUGGACCUAUGAUAUUGAUAGUGGGUUAUGGGUGAGAGAAAAGAUCUAUUUCAAUGAACAAAUGAGAAGCAAACUAAAAGUGUGUCCCUCUGUAUUGUUUUUCAGAUUAAUAUAUUUUGGUGGUUAUGGGUGCAGGAGACACAAUGAACUUCAAGACUGUUUUGAUGUUCAUGAUGCAUCUUGGGAAGAACAAAUAUUCUGGGGAUGGCAUAAUGAUGUCCAUGUAUUUGAUACAAAAACACAGACUUGGUUUCAACCAGAAAUUAAAGGUGGAGUUCCACCACAGCCACGAGCCGCGCAUACGUGUGCAGUUCUUGGAAAUAAGGGUUAUAUCUUUGGCGGACGUGUUUUGCAAACUAGGAUGAAUGACUUGCACUCUCUAAACUUAGACACCUGGACUUGGUCUGGAAGGAUUUCUAUUAAUGGAGAAAGUCCAAAACAUCGGUCCUGGCAUACUUUAACACCAAUAGCUGAUGACAAACUUUUUCUAUUUGGAGGACUAAGUGCAGAUAAUAUUCCAUUAAGUGAUGGUUGGAUUCAUAAUACAAUAACAAAUUGUUGGAAACAACUUAUACAUUUACCUAACACAAGACCCAGGUUAUGGCACACAGCCUGUUUGGGAAAAGAAAACGAAAUAAUGGUGUUUGGUGGGAGCAAAGAUGAUCUACUUUCCUUGGAUACAGGUCACUGUAAUGAUUUAUUGAUCUUUCAAACACAGCCUUAUUCACUACUCAGGUCAUGCCUAGACUGUAUUGGUAAAAAUGCUAUUAUUUUAAAAAGCCAAAUAUCUCUAUUACCUCCUAAACUUCUCCAACAAGUACUCAAAAAAAUCACAUUUUGGACUGCUGCCAAUCACCGAGAAGAACAAAGAGCCCAAAAAGAUGAAACAGAAAAUAAGUAUCAGUGGAUCAGUAGCAAUUGAAUUGUUAUAUACUCUCUAUAUAUCUAAUACACUUAAACAUAACAUUUCAAUCAGAGUAUACAUUUACCCCCCCAUAGCAGGCUUUAUUUAAAGGAUAAAAUAUGAAACAAAAUGCUGUGUUAAAGUUAUUAUAUAGCAUGGAAUAUACAGAAAUGAGAUAUAAAUACAGAUUAUAUUUGUAAACCAGUGUCCUUAUAAUCUACAGAACAAAUAUGCUUUCUGAAAGUAAGUAGAGUUAUAACAGGUAUUAAAUCAAUGUGUACUCUUUACUGGAAAGAUUAUGCAAAUUUGAGAAGAAAAAUUACCCUAAGGACUUCAGAAAUUCCCUAACAUAAUUGUAGAUAUGUGUAUAAACAUUACAUACCAACUUUCAGAAAGAUAAAUUCUCUCAAGUUGCUUUAAAAUUACCUGUCUCCUAUAAUAGUUAUUUAAAAACUUCUCCUUAAAUAACUAAUACAGCUGGUCAAAAAGCAUAAAAUAGGCAGAUACCAGUACUGUAUUAACUCCAGCCCUUCUGGCACUUACUUAGUAAAGUGUUCUUAGGCAACAUUGUAACUUUUCUUCACCCUUUGGAUGGAGAAAUACAUGUCCUCAAUUCUGACUCCAAUUAAGUUAUUUAGUUUGUCCAGUUAUACACACACACACACACACAUAUGAGGCCAAUUUUUAAUGUAUAUAAAGUGAAGGUUUAUUUUAUCAUACAGGCUUUGGAAUAUUGAGAUGUGGUAAUUUAUUUCAUGUUAAAAUACAUUUUGCCUUGGAAAAAUAAUUUUUGUAAGCAAUAAAAUGGGGUAGUAAUAUAGCAAUUUGACUAUGAAAAGCCCACAGUUUGACUCAGUCUGCUCCAUAGAGUUGAUGCUUAAAACAUCAGGAUGUUCAAAAUCCUUUGAAUCCUUUUAAAAUAAAAGUAUUUACCAUCUAUCGAGAAA